GACAUUCACGAUGACGGGAAUUACUGAGUAUGCCAUCGCAGAUAUUUAUGAUUAUAUAGAGAAGCACAAUGAAAGAGAAUUUCUUUUGAAGUUCUCUGCUAUGGAGAUUUACAAUGAAUCUGUCAGGGACCUCCUCAGCACAGAUAGUUCUCCACUUAGACUUCUAGAUGAUCCCAAGAGAGGGACAGUUACUGAGAAACUCACAGAGGAACCUCUCAGGGACUGGAAUAAUGUAAUGGAACUCCUCUCCAUCUGCGAAGCUCAAAGACAAAUAGGGGAAACUGCCCUGAAUGAAACAAGCUCCAAAUCUCAUCAAAUAAUCAGAUUGUUCUGCUCGGCAAUUUCUAGUCAAGGACUACUUAAGCACCCUUACAGCUGCUGUGGAAGUGAGCGUGCAUCUCAGUCAUUAUCAGUUGGCACCAGGCUAAAGGAGGGUUGCCACAUAAAUUGUAGUUUACUGACCCUGGGAACUGUUAUCUGCAAGCUAAGCAAGGGAAGAAAUGAGCAUGUUCCUUUCAGAGAUUCUAAGCUAACUCGCAUAUUGCAAUCCUCGUUGGGAGGCAAUGCUAGAACUGCCAUCAUCUGUACCAUGAGCCCCGCGAGAAGUCAUGUUGAGCAAUCAAGAAAUAUGCUAUUGUUUGCAAGUUGUGCGAAAGAAAUAACAACUAACACUCAAGUUAAUGUAGUCAUAUCAGAUAAAGCAUUAGUAAAGCAUCUGCAGAGACAAUUAGCUAGGUUGGAGAGUGAUCUGAGAAGUCAAGGGCCCACCUUUGUCGCAUCACAUUAUUUGGCAUUACUGAGAGAGAAAGGCCUUCAGAUUGAAAAGUUGGAGAAGGAGAUGAUAGAUCUGACUGUUCAACGAGACUUAGCUCAAUGUCAGGUUCAGGAUUUGCUACAACUGGUUGGGGAUGAGGGACAUUCAAUGACACGAGUAGGUUUUAAUAACUACCCACGCUUGCUAGUUCGGAAGUCACCGGAAUUUGAAAAUCCAGUACCAGAGACAUCCUCUUUGGCAAGUCCUCACUCCUUGGACAUUGGUGUUAGAUCAGUCAAGAGAUCUCUUUAUUCUUAUGGACAUAGUGGGAGAAGCUCUGAUGAUCACUGCAUACAAAUUCUUCCUGAAUUUGAAGAGAACUUUGUGCCGAAUGAUACUUCUCCACAGCUGUUGGUCGGUGUUUCUAUGUUCAUCCGAAGCAAUUCUGGACGGAGUUGGGACAUGGGACUUCGGAGGAUUUAUGCAAGGAAGUUUGAUGCAUAGAGGCAGAAGAAUCGAAUAGAUCAUCGUCUCCUGAACAAAGCACUGAAAUCUCUGAAUCGAUGGAGGCUGGGAACGGAGACACAAUAGAUCAGGAGUUCGUGUCACCGCCACUAAAGGAAGAUAGUAUGUUAAGUUAUAUCCCCCAUUUCAUUGCUCAUUCUCAUGAAAAACCAUCUCCAUGGCCAUUAACAGAGCACAUGUCUGGCUCUCAAAGCU